AUGCCAUUCGAACGGAAACAUCGCACAGCAUCAUUUCAGGAUCUGGCGGUGGGCGUUGUCUCACCGCCGGAAAUGCGGCCGCAGCCGCUGGCUGUGAGUGGAUCCACUACUCCCGUCGGAGUCGAGAGUCUGAGCAAAGUCUUGGGAACGAUCGAGCUGAGUCCGGAGGAGGAGGAACGUCGCCGGCAGCUGCUCUGGUCGCUUAUGUCAUCGUACCUGGCACGCGACGUUUCAUCCAUUCAGAAGUACAUCGUGAACCAUCUGGAGUAUUCACUGGCGCGGACCAGGUACAACUUCGAUCGCUCUGGUGCGUACUACGCGACGGCGCUUUCCGUGAGGGAUCGCCUGAUCGAAGCAUGGAAUGAUACACAGCAGUAUUUUACGGAGAAAGAUUGUCGUCGCAUGUACUACUUAUCUUUGGAGUUUCUCAUGGGUCGUUUCCUUGACAAUGCGCUGAUCAACCUGGGACUUCGAGAGCAGUACAGGGAGGCGCUCAUCGAGCUUGGCUUUGACCUGGACGAGGUGGAAGCCGAGGAGCGAGAGCCAGGACUCGGUAACGGUGGCCUCGGAAGGCUCGCCGCCUGUUUCCUUGACUCGGUGGCAACGCUAAACUACCCAGGCUGGGGCUACGGUAUUCGUUAUCGCUACGGCAUGUUCGAGCAGCGGAUCAAGAACGGGUAUCAAAUUGAGUUGCCAGACUUUUGGUUGACGCGCGGUAAUCCCUUCGAGAUUGAGCGCCUCGAUGUGACCUAUCCCGUGUAUUUUGGAGGCAGCGUGAGUCAGUUCACUGACAAUAAGGGAAACUUGCGCUUCAAAUGGGAGCCAGCCGAGGCCGUGUUGGCGGUGGCAUUCGAUGUUCCUGUGCCCGGGUAUGAUACAUACAAUUGCAUCAAUCUGCGCUUGUGGGACAGUAAGCCUGCGCGUGAGUUCGAUCUUAGCUCUUUCAACGUUGGCGACUAUUAUAAGAUUCUUGAAAUGCGGCAGACGAGUGAGACGCUCUCCGCCGUCCUGUACCCGAACGAUAGCACUGAAGCAGGCAAGGAGCUGCGCCUCAAGCAACAGUAUUUCUUCGUUUCGGCGACGCUGCAGGACAUCAUUCGGAGGUUCCUGAAGAAGGACCGACCACUCACGCAACUUGCCGAAAAAGUGUGCAUUCAGCUGAACGACACGCAUCCGACGAUCGGGAUUGUUGAAAUGAUGCGCCUUCUCCUGGACGAGUACGCAUUGGGCUGGACGGAUGCGUGGAAAACCGUCAAAGCGGUGUUCUCGUACACGAAUCACACGGUGCUGCCGGAGGCCUUGGAAAAGUGGCCUGUGCCACUCAUGGAACGGCUCUUGCCUCGCCACAUGCAGCUCAUCUUCGAAAUCAACUUUCGUCAUCUCCAGGAGUAUGCUCGUCUAAGCAACAACGAUGGCCAUCUGUUGGAGCGAGUGAGCAUCAUCGAGGAGGGUUUUCCAAAAAUGGUGCGCAUGGCCCAGCUGGCCGUCGUUGGCUCACAUACUGUCAAUGGUGUCGCGGAAAUACACUCGGAACUCGUGCGAACCCGUCUCUUCCCUGAUUUUAACCGCUUCGAGCCGAAAAAGUUUGUGAACAUCACAAACGGUGUGACCCCUCGACGCUGGAUACUGGAAGCAAAUCCCGCCUUGAGUGCGGUGUUUUCCCGCUGGACGGAGAGCGAUGAAUGGAUUUUGGAUUUGAACCAGAUCCGCCAGUUGGAACAGUACGCCGAGAACCCUGACCUGCAACGGGAAUUUUUCGAAGCCAAAAAGGAAAAUAAGCGGCGUCUCGCUGAAUACAUUCGAGAAAAGAAUGGCGUCCACGUGGAUGUGAAUGCCCUCUUCGACAUCCAGGUCAAGCGAAUUCACGAGUACAAGCGCCAGUUGUUGAAUAUUCUCGGUGUGAUUGCGCGCUACAAUUUGAUCAAGUCGGGCAAGCGUGAUCUCGUGCCGCGGGUCUUCAUCUUCGGAGGCAAAGCAGCGGCUGGUUACGCACAAGCCAAGCGCAUCAUUCGUCUCAUUAAUGGUGUAGCAGACGUGGUCAACAAUGAUCCAGAUGUUGGCGACCUCCUGAAAGUUGUAUUUCUCGAAAACUACAGCGUGUCUCUUGCCGAGAUCAUCAUUCCGGCGAGCGACAUUAGCGAGCAUAUAUCGACUGCCGGCAUGGAGGCGUCAGGAACGAGCAACAUGAAGUUUGUGAUGAACGGCGGUCUCAUCAUCGGCACUAUGGACGGAGCGAACAUUGAAAUCCGAGAAGAAAUCGGGCCGGAGAACAUCUUUAUUUUCGGUCUGUUGGCUCAAGAAGUUGACCAGGCGCGCAAUGAACUCAAGUACCAUGGCUGGAAAUGUACCGAUGGGCGCUUCCAGAACGCACUGGGUCAGCUCAGUCGCGGUAUGUACUGCGGUCAAGACACUUUUCAGGAAAUUGUACGAGCCCUCGAUCCAGCCAACGACUACUACCUGAUCAGUCGCGACUUUACCUCGUAUAUGGAAGCCCAGGAUCGCGUCGACGCUGCCUAUAGGGACCAGCGCUCGUGGCUGGCUAAGUGUAUUGUGAGCACGGCUCGCAUGGGUAAGUUCAGUUCUGAUCGCAGUAUCCAUGAGUACGCGGAGCGCAUUUGGCGCAUUGAGCCAUGUGCCUAUACACCGUCCAGCAUCACAUACAAGGAACCAGUUGAGGGUGUCUCAGAGCCCACCGCAGACGGUACAGCGCCGAAGACGACGCUCCGAGGAACGUAA